AUGAAGGAUCCCUUUGGGUACUUCUCUGGGCGGUCCGACCACCUGGUCGACACAAUAGACAAUACAGUUGACUCGAGCACGAUCGCGGACGGCAGUACCGGCUACGGGAAUAUAGCCACUCCAAGCACCACAACAGACACUCACGAUUUGCCGCUUGACUGUGGGCACGCCGCGAACGCUAGUCUCCAGAACCGGCCGGUUAGCAGUGUAGCCUUGCACCAUCCCACCGGGAUGCCACUCUCGUCAGAGCCCACAGUCCUGCUCGCCGAGAUGCAGAAUGCCGCCGAAGACCUCAUAAAGCGCUUCGAGAAGCCGAUCAGCUUCAAUGACGAGGCCCCACUGCUGUGGUGGCUAUGGGACGCGCUGCUUGAGUGGUACACACCUUCAUUCGGCUCGAGAGGCAGCACGCUCGAUUUCACGCCCGCCCGUAGAACCGACAUCUUCCUACCUUACACGAUCAGCAUCAAACUCUGGUCCACCGGGGACGGCGUAGAUUGCAUGGAGCUGACCGCGGCGUACGGCGGUGACUUCAUGGAGCGGCGCAUGUUCGACGCGCCCAUCGCGAGAUUCCACUUCCCAGAGACGGGUUUCGACAGGACUACAGCCGUCCUAUCCAUUGAUCAACCCCCCUACAAUAAGGACGGCUGCUUCAAGGAUGCGUUCGACUAUCUCAUGCCGCGCUCGGGGAACAUCUGGCGCAGCGCCAUGAACAUCUUCCCGGCGGAAGAGAAGCGCCUGGUCCAAGCUGUCGCCAAGACUUGUAAGGCCAACGACGACUAUAUGUACAUGUCAGAGGAUAAUAACUCGCAGUGUGAGAAACUGAUACAGCGCUUCCCGCCAGUGGCUAGAAAAUUCAUCGAGGAUGGAGGACUUGUGGGAAAGAAGCACGGGCCAUACAGCAGGAGUGCCAAUGGCCCUCCAGGCCCCAAGGAUUAG